AGGUUGUUCGAUACUUCGUACGGUAUGACGGUGUUCAGCUUCUAAGAUAUCAAGGAAGAUCUGGAAUUGAUGACUCGAUGUUCCCCAGAGUUUAUUGUCUUUUUGGUGUGGCUUCUCUUUUUGGUAGCCUACGGUACACUUUCAAAAUCAGAUCGAAAAGAGAAGUCGAAAAAGUUUCAUGAAACGGAGCAAAGACAAAAGGAUGGAAGCAACGUUGUAAAGCUACGACAACAUUUCGAGGAUAAUGGCGGGAAGGCAGCUGUUUUAAAUAUACUUAGUGAGCAUCAUAAUUUGUGCGUGGAGGAGAGGAAAUUCAACCAUCCUGUGCUGGCAUAUGUUACUCCGUGGAAUAAUGGUGGAUAUGACAUUGCAAAAUGGGCAGCUCGAAAAUUCACUCACAUCUCUCCUGUCUGGUUCCAGUUUAACCUCGAUGUGAAACAACGGAAAACAUGCACUAUUCUUGGAACUCACGAUAUGGAUAAACAAAUCAAGUUUAUGCCACGUUUUGUCCUCGAUGGAUCAGUACCUGGAAUUAUUGAACAGUUUUUAUAUAAUGAAAAAUGGCAAACGAAUUGUGCUCAACUAAUUGUCAAUUUCAUAAAGAAAACAAGAUGCAUGGGGCGGUCAUAGAAGUAUGGCUUCAGGUUUUGUCAUUGGUUCAAAAAGAAGUGAAAGAGUGCGUAUGUUUUCCUUACAUCUGUGACUUUUUUUUU